AUGGCACACCGCAUACCAGAGACAUCCCGCCCUAGAUCAGCCCGUGACUACUUCCUACAGUCAUUGUUCCGUAUCGUCAGACUGGUCUUCUCUCCCACCCUAUUCCGUCUCUGGCUUGCUUUCUUCAUCCUGCUCCCCAUCUAUAUCUUCACCAGAGCCAUAUCCGUCCUCCCUACUGUCCUGGGCAAUGUCCUCCUGCUGUUCGACACCGCAGGACGCAGCGAGCUUCGCCGCCAAGCGGACUCCUAUCGCCGCAAGGAGGAGCACCAGGCGCGCCAGCAGCUCAAUGGCACCUUCAGGUUCCAGCAGGCUCAGCUGGUGAGCGCUAGAAAACAUGCGAUCAGGCAAGAGGCGAACUGGUACCCGAACAUCGAGGACUUUGAGGUAUGCGGCGCGCGGGUUAAUGUGGUGGUCGAGAGGCCAGUGGAGGGACAGGAUACGGGGCAGACGGUUGUGCUGCUGCAUGGGGGUCUGGGCUGGAGUUUUACGUGGAGGGGGAUCAUCCCUCUCCUCACCGCCGCCGGCCACACAGUCUACGCCCCCGACCUCCUCGGCCACGGCCUCUCCGACAAGCCCACCUCCCUGCGCACAAUCUCCCUCUCACUGCACAUGUGCACCCUAAUCGCGCUCUUCGAGCACUUCGAUCUCCGCUCCGCCACCAUCGUCGCCCACGACUGGGGCGGUUGCAUCGCCGCCUGCGCCGCGCCGUACCUCCCCACGAGCCCGUCUCCACGGCUGCUGCUCCUGGACUCUUCUAUGCCGCUCCGCGCGCAAGACCUCGGUUGGAGUGCCUGGAGCGGGGACCUGCUGCGGUUCCUCGCUACGGGGAUAUUGGAUGCUGCGCUCCCUGUGGGUGUCGUGCUGCGCCUCCUCUCUCCUACAGCGGCUACGGUGGAUGUGGUAAAGGGCUAUACCGCGCCCUACGCUUCCGGUGGGCCUCGCACCAAGGCCUCGCUGCGCCGCUUCGUCCACCUCCUCCCGCCGCUCCCGGGCAGGCUACUCGCCCUGCGGCAUGGGUCUGCGUUUCGUGUCCUUGAAGGGCUGGCUGGGCCGCACGUCUUUACGAACUUGAACGCGCGAGCCGGACUGGCAGAACGGGGGAGGAGCGUUGGGGAGUUCUGGGGCGGGUGUUCGAGGGAGGGGUGGAGGGUGGGUGUUUUGGGUGGGAAGGGGGCGGUAGAGGGGGUGGUGGAUAAGAGGGCGCUGUGGGACUCGCCUGGUGGUGGGUUGGUUGAUGGGGCUGGGUACUUCGUUGCGGAGAAGGGGGCGGGCAGCGUGGCGGAAGUGGUGGCGAGGUUUCUGGGGGAGACUGAGGGGAGGGCUGUAUUGAUUGGGGGCUGA